AUGGCAAGAGAGCCUGCAAUCGUGAAAUUCUGUGACGACAGAGACGGCGUCGUCGUGGUGGUUGAAGCAAUUUCAGAACGUCAUUAUAAGCUGUUGAGAGGCACACAAGUUUUGCGAGACAGCAUUACACAAUUUAAGGGUAACCAUGUACGCUUUACGGACGACUACUUGGAAAAACUGCAGUCCGAGCCAGAUUCCUCACAAACACUAUUAUCGAAAGAUGUUUCGCAAAGAGUGCCUCGUAAUCUUGCGCCUCUUCCACAAGAAUUACUCUAUGAAAUCAUGACCUAUCUUGCCAACGAUUACUUUACGCUUCACAAAUGCAUUCUUGCAUCCCACGCUCUCGCAUACUCUGCGAUUCAAUUUAUGUAUCGCGAUCCAUUCUCUCUCGUGUCUGACCGACGUAGAGCCAAAUUGAUUUGGUUGCUUGUACAGUACCUGACAGACGAGGAACGGACGACGGCCAUGUAUUGCGACAGGUUGGUGAUUCAAGGAAGCCGACCGUGUUUACCGUACGCAAAUUUUAUACAAGUUUUGGAUGAUGUCAAAAUAUUUGAUGCAUGCGGAGCAUUUUAUGCAAACAGAAAAAGGCCUUAUGUACCAAGACAAUUAAUUUUGAGAUUGAUGGCUGUUUGUACGAAAUUGAAGGAGUUAUCCCUUGUUAACGUAUGUUGGAUUAAAAGAUUCGACGUAUUCGGAAAAGUCGGGCCGCAAUUGACGUUCUUUAGGUUUGGUUCUGUUGACGUAAAGCAGGCUACUUCCGAUACACUACGGAAAGUUCAAAUCGCAAUAUGUUUGUGUUUAACGCAACAGACGCAGUUGCAGAGGCUAACUAUCGAACUUGUCAAAGGCGCUAUGAGUAGCUUCUUAGCUACUAUUAUAGAGUUGAUAAAAGCUUCUGGAAAGCCUAAUGUCAUUACAUUCCGUGCCUGUGUUUUUGAACGAUCAUCAAUAGUGCUGUUGAGGAGGUUGGUGGAGCAGCUGGAAGCUGUUCAGUUUUCAAAAUGCGCGGGAAUCACAGAAGACAUUCUUACUUAUUUAAGGCAAAAUAUGUAUACUUUGGGUCAUCUCUCGGCAAAGCGUCAAGAUGACGCGUUUUAUAUUACGUGUUCCUGUGCUAAAAAUGCGAAUUUCAAAUUUCCCAGGAAAAAACGGAGACGGUGA